CCUCUAGAUACUAGAGUUAAGACCCAGGGGUAACACGGGUAUAUCGAUUUCAAUACCUACAAUAGUCUCUUCAAGAACGUGGCCUAAAUAAGACCUCCUAUUGGGCGUUCUUAACACAUCCCUGUCCGAUCUCCAAUUCACUAAAUUGUAGCUAUGCUCGCGUCCAAUCCUCAUUGGAAACAGGGUCCAGCGAGGACCCUCUAUGUUCAGUUCCCUUAUGUGAGACCGGGCUCUAGUCUAGGAAGAGCUCGCUCGCGUGGCAGUUCCCUUCUCCUGGGUCUAUAAUGGAGCCUGGAGCGAUUCUAUCGAUCGUCCAACUUUCAUUUUCCGUUUUCGAACUUGGCUCUAAGAUCGCCCGUGAAUUCUUUGGAAAGAAUGAUAGAGUUCCGGAUAAACUCAGACGUCUCAAUGACCGACUUAAAGAAUUUAUCACCAUUGUUGAUGGAAUUAUAGAUAGUGUCCAUGAACAUAGCGCCUCGUCAGGCCUUAUCUACCCCGGAGCUGACGCUAUUGUUGAGACUCUGACCGAGUGCAACAAUUUCCUCCGUCAAUAUGAGUCGGCGUUAUUAGCAGAUCGAACUUUUGGUGGAACUAGUCAACGACUCGCCCUCGUCGUUGGCCCAGAUAACUCUAAGAUCCAGGAUCUUGACAGAAGAAUACUAGAUCACUAUCCAGCACUUCAACUAUGGAAAACUACUGGCCUGGAAAGGGCGGUUAUGCAGCUUGGAGAAUCAAUUAUCGCGAAGCACCAAAGCAGCAGCCAGUUAAACCGAGCGCCUAAUACGAUAGCUGAAUCACCGCUGCAGCCCGAGUCAUCCGGGAGGUCCGUCGAAGAAGCAUUUAUUAGCUUUUCUACUACUCAAGUAGCAACCCCUACGCUUAGAGCAGUUUCUCGGAAUCCCUCUCUCCCUUCGAUAAACGAGCUUCCAUCACCACAACUAGGAGAAUACUCAUUCUACGACGCAGGGUCAUGUAGACAGCGCCCAUCAGGAUCAGAGGUCGGUCCUGUUCUGGCACAUCUUAGAGGCUAUGGCCGCGAGAAUGUAAUAAAUCCGUCCACGCGCGCCGGGCCUACGAACAAUACAGGAUCAUUAUCUCCGGUGUUACUAUCAACUUCACCAACGUCGCAAUUCCGUCGUCUAGGACAUUCGGUAUUAUUACGUAUCGGCUCCCAGUCAUACCAACUGAGUACUAGCGACUAUAGAGUCCUUGACAUUGGUGGAAAUAGAGUGAUAGAAUGGUCCAAUACUAGCUCCCUAUUUACAAUUCAACAUUUCGUUCCUGAUACACGUGUUAUUCCAUACACGAUACCUGGGGACUCAGGGGCCUACAAAGUGCGAUUUCUCCCAAUAAACGUCAGGCAUCAGUUCAAAAUCGUGACGAUAGAUAAUGGAAGCGAGAGUCUCCAAGAGAAACCAGAGUACCGAUUUCACCGCAAGGCUGACAGGGAGAGUUUCCAGCAAGCUGUCCGAGGUUGCGACCACUUGGAGAUAAUACGAGCCCUAAAGGUACAUAGUGCUAAAGGAAAGGACAUUGCCAUGAAAUUCCAUUUGAAAGUUUGGCGACACAGCCCCCAAGAUGACAGACCAACUUUUUCUUUCGCGGCGAAUGAGAUCGCCCACAUGGAGUUUCAUAUUCGAUGGUUUAACAAGAAUCCGGAACUAAGAGGAGUGUCUAAGCUGAUACUGAGAUUAUACUCGAAGGGUGAUGACUUGGUGGAUGAGCCCGAACCUGUCGAGUCGCGAAGGUUAUCUUUCACGUUUGGAAUGAAGAGAUCGUCUGGGAGUUCGACGCAGACGAAUGCUUCAGAUUCACAUUCAACUUUACGGUCACGGUCUUCUUCAACCAAACCCCCGCCUCUCAUCCUAUACGAAGGCCGAGGAAUAGAGCCACCAGAUGAUGUUCGAAAUCUAGAAUACCUGGAAAUAGAGUUCUUAAACUCAGAGGUUCGGAAAUCCUUCGUACAGGCGUGUCUUGAGGCACAUCGCCCAGCCUUGGAGGCUUCGAGGAGAAACAGUACGCCGAGUUCCUCUUCACAGCAAUCGUACUCGAGACCCCCUAGUUGGACUUUGGGACCGAACCAGGGCCCGCACGAGCUAGAAGACUCGGGUAAAUACGAACUACCAGUAGACUCCGGAGUCUACGAGAUGAUGGGAGACUCGGGGUUUCAGAUGCCUCCUCCGAGUUUGACAACGCCAUAUUCCCCGGGGGAGGUUCGGUUCAAUACCCUUUCCCUAUUCGCACCAUCACGAGCAACCGAUUACGAGAAAAUUCAAGAGGCGGAUGAAUAUUACGGAUAAGGAGGACGAUGCUCAUGAACCAGGAUAAAAAUUGGGUAUAUCAUUUUUGCUAUGAGAAAUACCAUAUUCUGGAUGUUAGAUAGGGUUCCUUAGACAUGGAUGGUACUGGUAAUGGAGGUAAUGUACAUGGUAUCUGGAUAUAGGGUAUUGGGGAGUGGUAUAAGCGAUAUUGACAUUAACAUGCCGUUGUAAACGAUGCACAUGAUGGUUAGGUGUUUUGGGGGGAGGGGGCUAAUUUUUGAGGUGAAGAGAUAGAAUGUAAAUCAUGCAUUAAGCCAAGUGAUAGAUAUUUCUGUAGAUGGAACGGAGUCUUUCCUCCGAGUUUUACAGACUUCCUCUCAAAGGUGUAAGGUGUAUUGUCUAAU